UUGUCAUUUUGUCAAUAACAGCUGUAUGUGUUUCGCUGUAAUCGAUUUCUCCGUCAGUGAUUUUCGAAGUUAAUGUUUAUUGUUUGAAAAAUUUGUCUUGGAACACUAUGAUGAUGAUAUUGUAAAUUAUCUGUAUAGGAAAAACUUCAGCUGAUCGUGUUAGCCGAAUUUGUAGGAGUAGAGCAGAAAUAUGUUCUCCAUCAAAACACCCCGUAUCCAGCAGAAGGAUCUCCAGUGUCUCAAUGGCUGCGGAUUCUACGGAAAUGCUCAGUGGGAUGGGCUCUGUUCGAAAUGUUAUCGCGAACGCACGAUAAAGGAGCGACACAUCAAGCAAUAUCGCCACGUCAAACAUGGAAACCAAUCAUCAUCUGGGAGGAAACAUGACCCACAUAUUUUCCAUUCUGGACACCAUUCACAACAACAGGUGGAAUCCGCUCAUGCCAAAGCUGGCCAAUCGUUGAAGGUGGCACCGGUGGUUCCCAAAGAUGAAGAUAAGAAAAAGAAGCGCAAUCUGAUGGAUUUGUUGAAGAAGACCGCUUCCUCGAAAGAGACGGAUAAAUCGUCCCGACAGCACCAUCAGCAUCAGCGUCGGCAGCCCAUGGACAAACUUGAGCAAGAAUAUCAUGAAGCACUGAAGGCACUGAAGAUUGAAGAUUCGAUGAAGCGAGAAUUGAAAUAUUUCAUUGAAAUUUUGGACCAAAAAAUUCGCAAAAAGCAUAACGAUUGCAGCAUUGAAGAAAUUUCGGAAAUCGUACACAAUGGUUACACCAAGUUCCAGGAGUACAUGAACGUUGAAAAUACCAAAUUUGCUAAUGUGUCUCAGGAGACCAAGGAACAGGUGUUGGAUUUCUUCGAGAAAUGCAUUAUGACGAUUAAUCACGGUCGAUUGUUCUCACCCCCGUCAACAACGGAUGAGGAGAAAGAUUCACAGAUACAGAAACGCAUCCGACAGCUGAAUUGGAUUAAUGCAAAACACUUGGUUUGUAGCAUCGACGAGGUGAACUCCGAGGUACGGGAUCUGGUUUAUACGGCCAUCACGGAACUGGUUUCGAUGGACUCUUUUCCGUCGCCUCAGGAGAAACUAGAAUGCAUCAUCCGGUGUUGUCGAAAUAUUUUCAGUCUUUUGAAACAGUCGGUCGGGGGACCGGCCAGUGCCGAUGAGUUUCUACCAGCACUGAUCUUCGUUGUGCUCAAAGCCAAUCCCGUUCGAUUGCAUAGCAACAUCAAUUACAUUACCCGGUUUAGCAAUGCCUCGCGGCUAAUGAGCGGCGAGGGUGGAUACUAUUUCACCAAUCUGUGUUGUGCCAUAUCCUUUAUUGAAAAUUUAACCUCGGAGUCGUUGUCGAUGUCGGUGGACGAAUUCAACGGUUUGAUGAAUGGCGAAAAGACGGGACCUUCGGCAUGGGAAAGCGCUCUGAUGGCAUGCGAGAGUUUGCAUCUGAUUUCGGAGAACAUGAAAACGAUGAAGAAUCUUGGCGCACGAAAUGAGGAAAUUCUGAAAAACAUUGAGGUGCUAAACGGUGAUAUUACGGAUAUGAAUGAGGAGAUCAGCCGCAAGGUCGCCGAAGUUCUCGAACGCACUCCACUAGUUUUGAAGCCAAUCCGCACGCCACGUCGAUUGGAAAAACGCAACGCACAACUGUUCAAUCCGGUCAGUGACCAGCAGACUUCCGAAGGGGGACAUUUUAAAUCAAAUCUCGUAACCGCCAUCAAAGUUGGAGAGGAGAAUGGUUCAGACGAGAAACCGAAAUCAUCGGGUGAAACAAGCCAAAUGCCGCAACAGACCAACAUCGACGAUCUGGUCAAGAAUUUAUCCGACAGUCUGGUGGCACCCCUUGUGUCGGUUGAGUGUGAAAAGGAUCCACUCCUAGUUCCAUCACCAUACCUUGGAAUGAGUGCCAGUAACUCUGCGGAUUUGUUAUCAUCUUCACCGGUGUUCGAUUAUAACAAGGUUUUCGAUACACAGUCUUUGGACGACAUCGCCACUCCAGAUGAGCUUGCCAGCAAUUUUAUCAAAGGAAUCCGAAACAUCAAUUACGAUUUCGAUUUCUCCGAUCACAGUGGCGACAAUAGUGUUGCGGAAGAAUUGGAUGCUAGAGCAUCCGUAUCGGCGCCUCCCGUGAGCAUGUAUGACUUGGAAGAAUUCGACCCGUUGAUUACCAAGAAUCGUGAGGAAAAACUAUCUUCGCUUCCGCUUCAGAGCACCAGCGUCAACCCAACGCCCGCUGGCAAUAUUCUAGAUGAGGAUUCACCCCGAGCACUGUUGCUUGAGUCACCAAUCAAGCCAAUUAUGGCCGAAUAUAAAGGCUUCUCUGUCCAAGGAUGCAAUAUUCCCACAAUUACCUGCGCCGCUGGCGAUAUGGGAGCUUUCAGCGUGUCGCCGAAAGGUCAACCACAGAAACAGCAACAACAAUCCGACAUAACGAACGGAGGAAGUCUGAUUUGAACUGGAUACUGGUGCGAUAUUUGUAGAAUACAUUUUAUUUGUUGUUAAUGAUGUAUUAUAUACAUGUUGUCUCUCCUGUAACCAUAGUCUGAUUAUAGUUCCACAUACAAA